AUGGUAUCGGCGGACCCAACUAUCGCGAGAUUUUAGCAGACUAAACGAGACUUCCGCAUUGGCACGAGGGAGAGUUUGAAAAUGUGUAGAUUUUUGGUUGUCGAUUAAAAAGGCUGAACUUUAACUAGGAUGUCAACCAGUGGUUCUGUCUCAAAGGCCUGUUUUGUCUUCAAACCUAAAAGUGGUAAAAGGAAGAAGAAGCUGAACCCUGCUGACUACUUUGUUGAUGAAACUGGUGCCAAGACAGAUGCAACAAGAGCAAGAUGUGAAACAUAUCAAAUCUUAUGGGAAGAUAUGAACAAGGACAUAGAAGCAUUACAGACAGAUAUCCACAAGAAGGUGUUUGAUGAUCUGGUGGGAUAUGUCGGAACUACACACCCAGGAUUCAGUCUGGAGGAGGGAGUUAAACACAAGGUAUCAUCAAAUGAGAUCCCUACGGCAGCCCUGGUCACCGGUGUGAACAUGCCUGAUCAUGGAAUGAUCUUCUCCAACCUGGCUUCUCUACUACAGGACAACGUCACACCUUAUGUAGCCAGGCUGCAGGCAAAAGACUGUUCAGCUAUGAAGAACAUCAUGUCCAAAGUCAUCAUGCAGUUUAUGGGGAACAAGGAUUUGCUAGAUGAUGAUGAUGAUGAGGUGCAGGUAAAGAGGAUCAGUCCCACAAUGCCCGUGCUGUGCGGGUGGUAUGCUGAUUUAGUCAAGAAAUCGCAGUCCCCAGGCAAAUCUCCCAGUAAGAAAAGAAAGUCCACCUACGGUCAGUACCCUCCACUGGUCAUCAUCAUGGAGGAUUUAGAAGGUUUCCCAGCUCAAGUGCUGCAAGACUUCAUCAUCAUUUGCAGUCAGUACCUGAGCAGGCUCCCCCUGGUGUUGGUGUUUGGUAUUGCAACCACAGUAACAGCAGUCCACACCCUCCUGCCACACUCUGUGUCCUCACUACUGUGUAUGGAGAAGUUUCAGGCACAGCCAUCCACUGAGUAUCUGUCCCAGGUCAUCAACAAGACCUUGCUGACCACUAAGUACCCUUUCAAGCUUGGCCACCGGGUGUUUCAACUCUUACUGGACAUCUUCCUGUACCAUGAUUUCUCUGUGGUCAACUUCAUCAGAGGGUUACAAUUUGCCAUGUUGGAGCACUUCUUCAGUGACCUCGGCAUGCUGUGCUGUGGGGUCAAACUGAGUACAUCUAGGGUGAAGACCAUGAACCACCUACAGUUAGAAACUAUCAGGAAAACACUAUCAUUCAGAAGAUAUGUAGAGACCCAGCCACCACAAGAACAGAAAGAUCUCCUCCUAAAUGACAAACACACCAAAGAAGUCUUCAUCCGUCUGUUAAAGGACCUGGACUCCUACCAGCACAUGUGCUAUCCCAUCAUGCACUGCCUACACGCCCUGACCUGCACCCUUCCCAGACACCCCCUGGGUAAGCAGCUCAGGGAGUUAUACUCCUUGGUGCUGGAGUCUAACAUCUGGGACACAGAGGGGUACAAGGAUGCCUUCAACUUACUCAGGUUGAUGGCCAGAGAUGACCUGGUGUGUGUGUUAGGACAGUGUGUGGGGAGACUCCAGGUCUGGACAGAGUCAGAUAAUUCUGAAGUUAUCAUGGACAUACAGACUUACAUGGCACAACUGGAAAGUCUCGGAGAUGGAUCUCAAGAGGAACAGGAAGAACCAGAGGAGAGGCCAAAGGAGAGGCUGUCUAAGACCACAAAACUGCACGAUCUGCAAAAUAAGUUACGAGAAUCCGCAAAACAGAAAAAGAAACUGACGAAGUAUGAAGUUUUGAGAAACAAGAUUCUUGACUACAUGGAUAAACUUUUCAGGAGUCACCUGGCCUCCCCCACUACCCUGCCCCUCCAUGAGGUGUGUUACUAUGACAGAGUGUCCACUCUCAGGAGACACAUGAAUGCAGCACCCAGGGCUGCUAUACAGACUGCACUCAGCAAUCCACACUACUAUCUACAGGAUGAGUCUCUUAAGUCAGAAGACGGCACCAUCCCAAACACGGCCCCUGACGUGUGCAUCGUCUACAAACUACACCUGGAGUGUGGCAGACUUAUCAACCUGUAUGACUGGCUACAGAGCCCGUUUUAUCCGAGCUGUGUCAGAACUCCAGUUCCUGGGCUUCAUCAAACCCACCAAGAGGAAGACAGACCACGUGGCCAGGCUGACAUGGGGAGGGUGCUGAACCUAGUCAUGGACAACUCAGGACAGUCUGCAGCUGGAGCAGUGUUCUAGCUAUCUAGCUAUGAUGGACAAUAAUCUGUUAUCUGUGACUCAGAGAAAUCAGUGUGGAAAGAGCAUCAAACUAAGCUUGGUCUAUCAGCAAAAUUUGCACCUCAAAAUGCAGGAAAUACUGUUUCAUCAGGUCAAGUU